UCCCUGCGUGUUCCUGCUGGAGGGCGAGCGACGUAGAGUCAGAGCGCAGAGAGAGAGAGCGAAGGGGAAGGCGGACCUGCGAGGAAGCAGCACGAGCGCUCUCCGCGUUUACGUUUCAUCGAUACCGCAAAUCGAUCGGAUGGAUCCGUGACGUGACGUAUGGUCGGAUUCGCCUCGGAGGGACGUUGUCGCGCUCGUGUUCGGCUCGCGGUGUCACGGAGGGGCAGCCAUGGGCUUCUACGGAACGCUGAAGCUCAUCUUCUACAAGAUGAAGAGGAAGCUGGAUCACGGUCCAGACGGACGCCCGUUCCCCGCAGGAAAGAAACACUGCAAAGGCGGCGGCUACCUCAGUCCUUCAUGUCUGGCUCAAGCCACACCCACCACUUUCGGGGAUCUUCGGCUGGCCAAUGGGCAUUCAGCUCAGCGGCGGCGUGUCACCUCUGGCCCGCCUCCCUCUGGCCUGCAGGACUGGCUUCAGACCUUCCAGAUGUGGAGCGGACCUGAAAGGCUGUUGGCUCUGGACGAGUUGAUUGACAGGUGCGAGACCAGCCAGGUGAAGCACGUGAUGCAGGUCAUCGAGCCCCAGUUCCAGAGGGACUUCAUAUCCCUGCUGCCCAAAGAGCUCGCCCUGUACGUCCUCACCUUCCUGCCUCCCAGAGACCUGCUGCGGGCCGCCCAGACCUGCAGGUACUGGAGGAUCCUGGCGGAGGACAACCUGCUGUGGAGGGAGAAGUGCCGGGAGGAAGGUAUCUCAGAGUCUGCGUCAUAUCGCCGCAGGGAGAGUGUGCGGCCAAGCGCAGCAGCGGUCAGCCCGUGGAAAUCCGCCUACAUUCGACAGCAUCGGAUAGAAACCAACUGGAGGAAGGGGGAUACGGGGGAACCCAUGGUGCUGAAAGGUCACGACGACCACGUGAUCACCUGCCUCCAGUUCAGCGGCGACCUGAUCGUGAGCGGCUCUGAUGACAACACCCUGAAAGUCUGGUCUGCCGUCACGGGAAAGUGUCUGCAGACGUUGACGGGUCACACCGGCGGGGUGUGGUGCAGCCAAAUGGCCGUCGCCACGGUGAUCAGCGGCUCCACAGACCGGACGCUGCGCGUGUGGGACGCAGAGAGCGGGGAGUGUGUGCACACUCUGUACGGACACACGUCCACCGUGCGCUGCAUGCAUCUCCAUGGCAACCGGGUGGUGUCGGGGUCCCGGGACACGACGCUGCGCGUGUGGAACGUGACGACGGGCCAAUGCGAGCACGUGCUGACCGGCCACGUGGCAGCGGUGCGGUGCGUUCAGUACGACGGCCGGCGCGUGGUGUCGGGCGGCUACGACUACAUGGUGAAGGUGUGGGACCCGGAAACAGAGGUGUGUCUGCACACGCUGCAGGGACACACCAACAGAGUUUACUCACUGCAGUUUGACGGUGCGUUCGUGGUCAGCGGAUCUUUAGAUACCUCAAUAAGAGUCUGGGAUGCAGAGACAGGCGGGUGUGUCCAUACGUUGACUGGUCACCAGUCCCUCACCUCUGGCAUGGAGCUACGAGACAACAUCCUGGUGUCCGGGAAUGCUGACUCCACCGUGCGGGUUUGGGACAUCCGGACUGGACUGUGUUUGCACACGCUGCAGGGUCCGAACAAACACCAGUCUGCGGUGACGUGUCUGCAGUUCUGCAGAGGUCUGGUUCUUUCCAGUUCAGAUGACGGGACAGUCAAGCUGUGGGACCUCCGGACCGGAGCGUGGCUGCGGGAUGUGGUGGCGCUGCAGAGCCGAGGAUCAGGUGGCGUCGUGUGGAGAAUCAAGGCGUCCGACACCCGUCUGGUGUGUGCUGCUGGCAGCCGCAACGGCACCGAGGAGACCAAGCUGCUCAUCAUGGAUUUUGACCUGGAGGACAGGAAGACGGAGGCCGACUAAAGAAGAAACGGCGUCACAGGGAGAGCGGGACGUAUAUUAGGUUUUACUUUCGACCAAAGUCCUGUUUGGAUCCAGCAGAACUAGAGGGCAGCCGCCUGAUGGACAUGAAGAGUGAUGCUGGCAGACAGGUUCCAGCUUUUUAAGGGUCUCUAACGAGCAUCAGACGAUGGAUGAAGAGCGUUUUAAGUUCUGAAUGUAUCCCGUUGGAGAAGAAGAAAAAAUAUUUCAGUUUUUGCUGCUGAACCGACGCAGAUGUUUGACACAAACCCGCUAAAGCUACCAGGCAGAGGGUCAACGGCGCCCCCUGAAGCCGACGUGGAGACCGCCGGAGCCCAAGCGCUCUGGAUUCAGACCGGCUUCAGGACGUCUGGGAUGAAAAGUUCUUCCCUGCUGCUCACCUUUGAGCUGAAAUGGAUGUAAAAUUAAAGUUUGGAGCGUUUCAGUCAGAAGUAAAUAUCGCCACCUGGGGGCGGGGCUUAAAGUCGGCCCAUGACUUUCUCUGAAACACAUAAAUCCAGGUCGUUCUGUGUUUGAAGCCAAAGUGAUGCUGAGCCACUUUCAUUCAACAUCAGUGUGAAGAUGUUUUUGUUUUGUAUCGUCCUAAAAUGACAUUUAAAUGUUUUGGAAUUUAUUGACCUCUAUUUUCACCAAAAUCCUUUAUUUUUCAAUUCCAAAUGAUGAUUUUAAGGCGAUCAGCAGAUUUUCUUCCGCUUCCAUCCAUCAGAGGGAAUCAAAUCCCUCCUCCAACCCCUUUGCUGCUGACGUUCCUCCGUCACCGUUUCUGCUGUCCGUGAAGUGAGCAGAAAAGGUAAAUCAUUUAAAAAAAUUGCUCUUUGGAGAUGAGUCGGUGAUAAGCCGUUGUUGCCAGGCAACAGCUGGAGCCGGCAAAGCGGCGAAUCUCCCACAGCAACCGGCGGUAUUUCAGGCUGCGGCGUUGACCUUCAGCCUCUGUGGUGACGUGUAGAUUGUUGUAAAUACAGGAAGGAUGUACAUAAUUCAAGGUUUUAUAAUAGAAACAGAAACUUAUUGUCCUGGGGAAUCAAGAAAAGAGGUAUGAACAAAAAUGAAUAAAUGAGGAGGAGUUUUGUAAA